AUUGGGCAAUACAUAGCCUCUAAUGGUGGAGUUGUUGCAGCUGAAGAGCUUGCUCCAUAUCUUGAUGUAGAAACUUCCGGGGGAACUCUGAAUGAUGAAACAUACAUCUUACCUGUUCUUUUACGGUAUGAGGGUCAGCCUGUAAUAGAUGAAGAGGGAAACAUUCUGUACCAAUUUCCAUCUCUACAGCGCACAGCUUCUACUCCAAGUAGUGGAAGGAAGGAAUAUGUGGGGAGAAGAUGGGCUGAUUUUGUUGGAGGAGUUGAUAAAUUUUUCAAGGAGAAGAAAUGGCAAUUCAGCAACACUAGCAUUACUGAGAGAGCAAUGGUCGCUGGACUUGGUGGGCUUAAUUUAUUUGGGGUUAUCUUUCUUGGAGCCAUCUUAAAGGAUACUUCAAUUGCACCAGUUGGUUUUAUUAAGUUUAUUACUGGCAUAUUUCCACUACUUCAGAUUUAUGCUGGUUCGUUCUUUGCAAUUCCUUUGUUCCGGUGGUUCAUCGUGCUUAAGACAAAUGCUGACAUAGAGAAAAGAAAUCAAGCAAGACAGCAGUGUGCUCGAGCCCUUGAAUUGCCAGAUCUUUCACUAAGACGAAAGCUCCUCAGUGCUCGGGACAUGGCCCAAAGAACAUUCAUUGGGCAGGAUAGAAUUGUCUAUAGUACGGACAGGGAUCUGGUUGAGCAAGACUACGAGGCCCAAGAAUGGGAUAAGAGAUUUCGAGAAAUAGAGAAAUCAGAUUGAGAAGAGGCUACUGUUACUUGGUAAGGUUAUACAUUUCUUGCCUCGGAUCAAUGUACUAUUUGCUUUCUAAGCAUCACAACUGCUGGUGUAGGUCUGGACGAAAAAAAAGGAGAGUUUUGUAUGAGUACCCUAAAUAUCAAUCGCAGAUAGUCUUUAAGGAGUCUCCUUGAUCAAGUAUGCAGAAGGUCUAGGUUUCAUCAUAUUUGACUUUUACCAAUGCAUUUUGAUGUUUUGCUUGCAUGCAUGUGUACCUGUUAAAAUUGAAUCAGUGUGUCCAAACAAGUAAUUAACAGGCCCAGGAUAACGACU